AUGUCAAGAAUUGCAGAGGGCCUGCCAAUGGCUGGCUCGACGACUACUAUUACAACGCAGAGAAAGAAGAAGCCUACUGAAGCCAAGGCGCUGACGACAGAGGUUCAGAUGUUGGCUGGUGCUGAUGUUUGGGGUCGUGCAGCAUUUGGGAGGUCGUGGCUGCGAUCUCUCGUAGGCGCAUCGCCUCUGUUUCUCGCGCCAAUGGCUUCGAUAUCAAUCUUCAUCACACUGGCUGAAUACGAAGGAUCGCUCUCCCUCUUCGCAGACGCCGUAAAAGAACACGGCUUCUGGACCAUUUGCGCCCAGUACGGUCCUCACCUCACCACCAAAGGCAUCGCCGCAGUGAUCUGCUGGGUCGGAAUCCAAGCCCUUCUGUACUGCCUCCUCCCCGGAGAACAACACCAAGGCCAAUUGACACCAGCUGGCUAUCUCCUCAGCUACAAAAUCAACGGCCUCUCAGCGUGGAUCGUCACGCAUCUCCUUUACGCACUUCUCAGCUGGUUGGGGAUCCUGGACCCUGGCUUCAUUCCCCGCAAUUGGAGUAGCUUGAUUGGAGCUAUGAACUUGGCUGGGUUCGUUAUUUCGGCACUUGCGCUCGUCAAAGCGUACGUAAUGCCGACGCACCCAGAAGAUAGGAAGUUCAGCGGGUCGUUCCUAUACGACUUCUUCAUGGGCAUUGAGCUGAACCCGAGGUUGGGGGAGAAUUUUGACCUUAAGCUUUUCAGUAAUGGCAGGGCAGGGAUGAUGGUGUGGACCCUGAUCGACUUUUCGAACAUGGCGUAUCAGUACCAGAAUCAGGGAUUUGUUGAGCCGUCGCUUAUCCUUGUAACGGCACUACAGACCAUCUACGUGGUGGACUUUUUCGUUAAUGAAUCCUGGUAUCUGCGCACAAUCGACGUCAAAUUCGACCAUUACGGCUUCUAUCUCAGCUGGGGCUGUUUCUGCUUCUUACCAACAACAUACACCAUCCAAGGCCAAUAUCUGGGCCGUUACCCAUCAUCAGCUUCAACACCUUACCUAGCAUUCUUCUUCGCCCUUGGAGUAGCAGGCUACAUCCUCUUCCGCUCCGUCAACCACCAAAAAGAAAUCGUACGACGGACUGGCGGAAAAUGCACCAUCUGGGGUAAACCAGCAGAAUGCAUCGUCGCAUCCUUUAGGACCUCCGAUGGUCGGCAGCACAGGAGUCUUCUCCUCUGCAGCGGUUGGUGGGGUUGGUCUCGGCACGCGAAUUACCUGGGCGAUCUGAUUCUUAGCUUCUCCUCUUGUGCGCUGGUGGGUAACGUGUACCUUGGCGAUUUAUUCCUGGCGUUUGACAUUGCCGAUAAAAUACGCGACUUCUACAAGCUCCGCCAGCCAUAUCGCGUCUCCCAUGGCGCUUCAAGCAGUACUCGUCCUCGCCAUGGGUCUGACACGAAUGUUGUCGACAUCAGCAUGCUAUCCCAAGUCAUUACAGUAGACUCGGCGCAAAGAACUUGUCUCGUCGAGCCUAAUGUACCAAUGGACCGACUCAUCGCCGCCACGAUGCCGUACGGUCUGAUACCCCCAGUAGUGAUGGAAUUCCCUGGGAUCACAGCGGGAGGGGGCUUUGCAGGGACAUCUGGGGAAAGCAGCUCAUUUCGGCAUGGUUUCUUCAACGAAACGAUCGACUUCGUAGAGAUGAUACUUGGAAACGGAGAUAUAAUCCGGGCAUUGCGCCAAGAACAUGAAGAUCUGUUUUAUGGUGCUGCGGGCGCUGCUGGGACUCUGGGCUUGACGACGUUGAUGCAGGUCCGGCUGGUUGAAGCGAAACAAUUUGUCAAGACAAUGUAUCACAGAGUUGACAGCGUGACUUCUGCUAUCUCAACAACGAAACAGUGUUGCGAAAAAGUGGGCAUUGACUAUGUCGAUGGCAUCCUCUAUUCGAAGGACCAUGGCGUUGUCAUCACGGGUGAGAUGACUAACACCAAGCCAAGUGACUCUCCAGUACGGACUUUCAGUAACUCAGGAGACCAUUGGUUCUAUCUACACGUGAAAGAACAGACCGAGUCUCUCCCUCCCUCGGCGACAGUCACAGAAUACAUACCACUUGGUGAAUACCUCUUCCGUUACGACAGAGCUGCUUUCUGGGUCGGCCGUCAAGGAUAUACAUAUUUCAAGUUCGUCCCUUUCAACGAGUUCUUUCGUUGGCUUUUUGAUGACUACUCUCAUACCCGGACACUGUAUCAUGCACUCCACGCAAGUCGGAUCUCGGACCAGUUCGUCGUUCAAGAUCUAGCAUUACCAUAUGACACAGCUGAAGCGUUUGUUGACUGGGUAGACGCAGAGCUGGGAAUAUGGCCACUUUGGCUUUGUCCUCUGAAAGGUUGUCGAACACCCACUUUCCACCCUGUUACGAAAGGAUCUUCAGAUACCGGCGCAGGGAACGACAUUUCGCAACCGAUGCUCAACAUUGGAGUUUGGGGUUGGGGGCCCUCAGAUCGAGAAGAGUUCAAAGUCAAGAAUCAGGCUCUGGAGAAGAAGCUGAGGGAACUUGGUGGACGGAAAUGGCUAUACGCACAUACUUACUACACAGAAGAGCAAUUCUGGGACUUGUACGAUUGGUCUUGGUAUGAGAGACUCAGAGAACGCUAUUUCGCUACAACUUUGCCAACCGUCUACGACAAGGUGAAAAAGAGUGGCCCUGACACGGAUGGGAGGCAUGAGAAUGGUUGGGGACUCGGGUCUUUGUUGAAUAAGUGGCCCGUCGGCGGGAUCUAUGGCAUGAUACUAGCGUUUUACUCCGGGGAUAUCAAUCUCCAUCGUCGAGCGAAAUGGAGUUAUGUUAUUUACAACUACUUUCUGAUUAAUUGGGCUGCCGAGAUGCUUCCCCACUCCAAUGCUGACAUGCAGAUCAAUAUCUUGGCAGACGACGACGUGCAUGAAGAUGACGUUUCCGUAAUCAAGGCCCUCUAG